UUUUUGGCAUUUCAUUCUGUUUCUGUGGUUUGGCUUCAACUUCACUCUCUCCCCCGACAGAGACACUCUGUUUGCAAGGAAGACACAAAACACUCCCUUAGUAGAAGGAGCUGAAUUCACAGGUUGGGCUGCUGUGCCAUUGGCGAUACCGCUUUCGCAGAAAACAAACAAAGCAAAGCAAAGCAAAAAAAUGGAGCAAAAGAAGAAGGACAUGAUUCGAAUUGAGCGUGAAUCCGUCAUCCCAAUUAUCAAGCCCAAAAUCAUCAUGACCUUGGCCAACCUCAUUGAACAUAGUUCUGACCGGGCUGAGUUUUUAAAGCUCUGCAAGAGAGUUGAGUACACAAUUCGGGCUUGGUAUCUUCUACAGUUUGAGGAUUUGAUGCAACUUUACUCCCUCUUUGACCCUGUAAAUGGGGCUAAAAAAUUGGAACAACAGAAUCUUCCUCCUAAAGAAAUUGAUGUACUUGAACAGAAUUUCCUGACGUACUUAUUUCAGGUGAUGGAAAAGAGUAAUUUCAAAAUAGCAAGCAAUGAGGAAAUUGAGGUUGCGCAUUCAGGGCAGUAUCUUCUAAAUCUACCCAUCGUGGUUGAUGAGUCUAAGCUUGACAAGAAGCUUUUAAAGAAAUUUUUUGAAAGGCGUCCUCAACCAAACCUUCCCGAUUUUUGUGACAAGUACAUUAUCUUCCGACGCGGUGUUGGACUUGAUCAGACCACUGAUUACUUUUUCAUGGAGAAAGUGGACAUGAUCAUUGCACGCUUUUGGGCUUAUCUUUUACGAAUAACUAAGGUCGGAAAACUUUUAUCCAGAAGAUCAAGUGGACGACCUAGGACAGAUCCAAAGAAGAAGGAGGAAAUUAGCUCUGAAGCAGAUGGAGAGGAUGAAGACUUAUAUGUUGAACGAAUCCGUCUAGAAAAAAUGGAACUAAGUGCUAAAAAUUUGCUGAGCAAGACCACGAUCAAAGAGCCAACCUUUGAUAGGAUAAUUGUUGUUUACAGGCGAGCAAGUACCAAAGCAAAAGAGGAACGAGGAAUAUAUGUGAAACAUUUCAGAAAUAUUCCGAUGGCUGAUAUGGAGAUAGUUCUUCCUGAGAAGAAGAACCCUGGGUUAACCCCAAUGGACUGGGUCAAGUUCCUUGGCUCUGCUGUAGUUGGGCUGGUUGCUGUUGUUGGUUCGAUUGAAAUGCCUAAAGCUGAAUUUUGGGUUAUUUUUGCAGUUCUUUCCACUGUGAUUGGUUACUGCGCUAAGAUAUACUUCACUUUUCAGCAGAACUUGGUAGCAUAUCAGAACUUAAUAACACAGUCCAUGUACGACAAACAACUCGAUAGCGGAAGGGGUACUCUUCUUCACUUGUGUGAUGAUGUGAUUCAACAGGAAGUCAAGGAGGUGAUAAUUGCUUUCUAUAUACUAAUGGAGCAAGGGAAAGCUACAACACAAGAUCUGGAUAGGUGGUGUGAGGAACUAAUUAAAGAAGAGUUUAACGCCAACUGUAAUUUUGAUGUGGACGAUGCAGUUCAUAAGUUGAUGAAAUUAGGAAUUGUUGCUCAGGAUUCCGUUGGACGGUUCUACUGCGUUGGGCUGAAACGUGCUAAUGAGAUCAUCGGCACCACCACGGAGGAGCUUGUCCUUAAGGCAAAACAAGGUGAUACUUCUGCUCUCGAACAGCUCUAGACCAUCGUCAUCUUUGAUGGAAGAUUUCACUCAAUUAUUUCGUUCUUUGGAGUUGUUUGUUUUCUUUUUCCCUUUUUCACGUACAGUUAUUUGUUUAUAUGUCUAAUCUUUGGCGAGGUUUUUAUUUUUCAAUUAUAUAGGGGUAUUUAGAAGUGUGCAUGUAACUCAAACUCAGCUAGAUUAGAUUCCAGAAUUUAGUUGAUUAUCCGGAAUGUUAUAUAAAUUGUGGGCAGACAUUGUUGUAAAUCAACAAGUAGCAGGCAGGCAGGCAGAAAUGAGACUUGUUCGUUGA